AUGAUUUUGCAAAUGGUGAGCAGGCAGACAGAGUGUGAGGUCCUAGCCUGUAAGUUCCCUCAGUAAGAAAAGACAAGAGCUGCCUCUGGCAAAAAUGCAAAUAGUACCUUUCCUUUCCUCCUGCUCUCUGUCUCUUUGCACACUCGUCUUUUCAGUACCAGUGAGAGGGAUGGUUCGUCUCACCAUUGUUCAACUGGUAUUGGUGAGAGUAAACUGGCUGGCAGCAGUGGGAGGAGGUGUGUUAAUGUGCGUGCGUGGCCUGGGAAGCCACUCCUCCUCUGAGCUGAUUCCAGUCAUCACAGCAAUAAUGAAGUGCACACAGCGCUGCCUGCCCGCCUGCCUGCCAGUGUGACAUACUGUCACCGUUCUGGAGGACACACACACACACACGCACACACACUUACAGUCACUCAGUGACAGGACACGCAGCCUGCCUUCUCACACAUGCACGCACUCACACACACUCUCCACAGUCCUGGGAAGGAGUGUAGAGGAGAAAAGAAGAGCAGAAGGAGGGAAGAAUUUUAUGUGUCCUAUGGUUUCCUCUCUGUGUGGCUUACUGGCGCUGGUUGUGGGUGCUAAACAGAGGCAGCAACGCCGACACUCACACACACACACACACACACCUCACCCACGCAGCCACGGAUUCUUGGAUCAGUCCGCCCCGGUGUGGAGAGUGGGAGUCGUGGAUCGGAUCAACAUGGGGAACCAGGCGGGGAGACAGGAGGAAACAGAGUCAGGUGCACAAGCAGCCAAGAAAUCUGGUAUCCCAGCUCCUAGAGAAAUCCCCUCUAGCAUAACAAGAGAUCGCAUCUCUCUGAGGGACCAGCUUAGGAGCUCCACCACAAAGAAGAUGGUUUCUAGCGCCAGCACUUCCAGCCUAUCUACCCUGGCAAAGCAAACGCGCAGUUCAACCAAGUCCCGUGGAGACGCAGAGGGACAGGAAAAGGGCCUUCUGGAGUGCCAGGUGAAAGAGCUGCUGGCUGAGGCCAAGGCUAAAGACUUAGAGAUUAGCAAUCUCAGAAUGGAGUUGCAGCGCUGCAAAGGUAAAACCUCCCCUGCAUCUUCUUCUCCCUCCCCUAACUCUGUCUCACACCAAGAGCCUGCUGCAGAGCAAGACCAGGGACAGGCAACAGAGGCCCUUGUUCUGGUUGGAGAAUUGAGGGAAAAGAACGGGAAGUUUCAGAGAGAGCUGGCAGUGCUCAGGGAGGAGAACCAGGUGCUGAAGGAAAAGCUUCUUUGCUUGGAGGCCUCACCUCUCUCUAGUACAAGCACAAGCACUCCCUCCAAGCCUGUUGUGAAUGGCCUGCCCUCAAACUCCGACUCCUCAGCUCCACAACAGGACAGUCUUCCUUCUGCUGCCAGCCCUCUCAAAAAUUCUGUCUCAUCCAGUUCUGACAUCACCAAGGACUCACCAUCACCUGACUCCUCCGAAUUUGAGAAGAUCCCAUCACGCUCGGAGUCGGUGAGCAGUGGUGUCAGUGGGGGAGCUGUUACAGCAGGGGCAGUAAGCAGUGCAGAGGGGCAGAAUUUGUCAGUGCAGAGCCUGACGGAACAGAUUCACAAGAUGGAGGAGAGCCAUCACAGCACAGCUGAGGAGCUGCAGGCAACUCUGCAGGAGCUGGCCGACCAGCAGCAAGUGGUGCAGGAGCUGACAGCUGAAAACGAGCGUCUGGCUGAAGAGAAGCGCCUCCUGCAGACCUCACUUCAGCAGCAGCGAGAGCGUCUGGAGGUCCUGGUCCAGAAGAAUGAGACGCUGGCUGGUCGACUUCAGGAGCAAGCACAAGCUCAGGCCCAAAGGGAGGAGGAGCUGGGUAGCCAAGGGCCACGGCUGGCCGAGCUGGAGCAGAGGUAUGCAGAGCUGGUGGAGAGCUCACGGUUCGAACGGGAGAAGCUGGUGGACAUCCAGCAGCAGCUGACGGGCAGCCUGCGGGCUCUAGAGGAAGAGCACCAGGAGGCCCAGGGCCAGGUACGCUGCUUAGGAGAGGAGAUGGACAGGCUGCAGGCCCAGCUGGGCAGGGAGCUGGAAGCAGGAAGUCAAGCAGCACAGGCCGCAGAGGAGCUGAAGGUGACGGCAGAGAAUCUCAGACUAGAAAACAGUAGGCUGAAGGCACAGGUGGACAUUGAGAGGCAAAAAGUGGGUGAGCUGAAGGCCGUGCAGAGUGCCAGCGACAGCACUGAGGUGCACAACUUGCUGAAAACAGCACAUGCUGAGAGAGACAGGCUGGAGGCGGAGCUGACAGAGCUGAGGCAGGAGUUGCUUCAGGCCCAAGCUGAGACUGAGCAUGUGCAAGCCACAUUGUCCAAGGUGGAGGCCAAAUGCCAGCAGGUUCAGGAGCGGGCUGAGAGGAGGGAGCAGGAGCUCACCAGCCGGGUGACUUCUCUGGAGGAUGUCGGGAUCCAGGCUGAGAACCAGGUGAAGGAGCUGAAGGAGACCAUCUUUGAACUGGAGGACCAGGUGGAGCAGCAGAGAGCCGUCAACUGCCACACCAACCAAGCUGUCCUAGACAUGGAAAAUCUUGUCAAAAAGCUGGAGGAGCAGAAAGCUGAAACGGAGCGACAACUGAAAGUCUUGACCAGACAGAUGAAGGAUGAGAAAGAGGAGUGGCGCCGGUUCCAGGCGGACCUCCAGACGGCAGUGGUGGUGGCCAACGACAUCAAGGUGGAGGCUCAGCAGGAGCUGCGUACGCUCCGCAGGCAGCUGCAAGAAGAGCAGGAACGCAAUGCAAAGCUUUCCACGGACCUCGAGACCCUGCAGGGAAUCAGGUCCCAAGGUGACGAGGUGAGGGUGUCCGACUCCGAUAACAGCCGUCACUGGUGCGGCAUCUCCAUGAUCCCGACCGCACCCACAGAUGCCAGUGGAGAUGCCGACUCGGAGCCCGGAGCUACUGUCAAAUCCCUCAUUAAGUCCUUUGAUACAGUGGGGCAGAAUGGACCAGGACACACAGUUCAAAUGCAUUCCUCCCCAAGAAGCCCUCUGAGUGGGAUCCCAGUACGCACUGCGCCUGCCGCUGCUGUGUCCCCAAUCCAGAGACAAUCAUACAUAAAGCCACUAUCAAAGACAUUGGAAAAAAGGAUCAGCCAUGGAGAAUUCUCUCAUCAGUAUGAUAAGCUGUCAGGCUGCGGGGAAGACCUGAAACCUACCAGCCUAAUGAGAAAGAGCCCUUCUCUCGAGUCUGUAAUCAAAACCCCCACCUCCUUCAGCCGAACAGCAUCCUUCAGCUACAACCGCUGCAACAGCAAGCUCAGUGUGGAAAGAAAGGACCCCUUGGCUGCACUGGCUCGGGAGUAUGGAGGAUCUAAGAGAAACGCUCUACUGAAGUGGUGCCAGAAGAAAACAGAAGGCUAUCCGAAUAUCGAUGUGACCAACUUCAGCAGCAGUUGGAGUGACGGUCUGGCUUUCUGUGCCCUGUUGCACACAUAUCUGCCUGCCCACAUCCCAUACCAGGAACUCAUCAGUCAAGAUAAGGUCCGGAAUCUGACCCUGGCUUUCCAGGCUGCCGAGAGCAUUGGCAUCAAACCCUCCCUGGACAUCGAGGAGCUGAUGAAGACGGACAGGCCUGACUGGCAGAGCGUCAUGCUGUACGUCUCUCAGAUAUACAAGUACUUUGAGACCUGACCGGUGGGAAAAGAGGAGCAGGAGACAGAGCAGCUUUUCUGUCACACCUUGCAGACAGACUGAACGCUGCCACCUCAGUGCUUCUCCCGCUCAACGUUUGACCAAAUUCCAAAGGCUGCAGUCUUUGGUUUGAACAUGUGCCAGGUCUUCUGCUAAAACACAACUUAUAUGAGACCAUCCAUGCAUGGUUAAAGUGGAACCAUCUGUCUGAGUGUGCAGUGUGACGUCUCUUUCCACUGAACAACAUGCAGUCAUGAGUGAACUCAACUUUUUGGUACUAAAAUGUCUCAGAGGACCAAACGCUCCUCAUACUGAGCAAUUAUUGUGAACAAACAGGAGUUCUAUUUUGCAGAGCAGAAAGUAUUUUGACAGGUUUGAGUUGAACUGAAGCCUUUAUAUUUUCCACAUUUAAUUGUGUGCGUCCUUAGAUAAAAGCGAGACAAACCAUAGCUGCCAUCUGUGACGUCACUGUAAAAUGGCUGAGCACUUCGAGAGUUAAUUUUGUAGAAAUAUUUUUGAUGGAAACAGAUCGACUUCUAUGUUUGCAUUGUCUGCAGCAUUAAGGAUUGGCUCGGUCAACCCAUCAUACUGUGCCCAGCUUUGUUGCUUUCUAUCUACAUGGUAUUGCAGCUGCUGUGCAAAAUACAUAUUUUGCAUGCCAUGUUAAAUUAUUAAGAAGAGGACAUCUUUUACAUGUAAAAGUUGAGGCACAACACUUUCUCAGAGGUAUGAUUUAGACAAGCCUCCGUUUGCAGAUGUCCUUAUGUUUUGGAAGAUAGAAAGUAUUAUUUAUUUAUAUUCAUCCUGAAAAGUGAAAAUGUGGAAAGAAAUGUAUAAAGUUUUCUAUUUUAUGGAUGUGAAACUUGGAGGCCUAUUGGAUCAAUAUUGCUCAAUAAAGAAUCGUCAAGUUUUAUAUUCAGUCAUCAUAUUCAAUAAUUUA